GCUCUUCGGUGCUUGGCUGUGCAGACACCCAGCGGUUCAUUCAUCCGACGCGGACACGACCCACGCUCCCACCCGCUGCAGAAGCACCUCGAACACUCGGACUAAAACAUGCCCUGUCGAAAGGAAAACUACAUAUUUCUGGAGCAGUCGGUGACGGUGGACUCCAAAGAGGUGGACGCGCUGGUGACGAAGAUCGGCGAGGCGCUGCAGCUUCACAACAAUGGCUCUGGACAUCAUCAAAAGGCGAUGUCCAUGUCCUGUCUGCACGGGAUCACAGCGGGGAACGCGGCCGGAGCAGGCGGUAAACAGACUGCGCUGAUCGGGGCUGGUACAGGAGCGGGGAUACAGAGAGGACAUGGCUGCUGUUUGAGGCUCCGAAGCCGGGGACACCACCGGGGCAGCAGCCGGGCCAGUCCGUACCACAUCCCCGGCUCUAGCGACCAGGAGUGGGACCAAAUUCGGCCAUGGAACAAGAAGCGGCUCGCGGUGGAGGAGGACGACCCACACCGGCUGCUACAGGAGCUCAUUUUAUCCGGGAAUUUGAUAAAAGAAGCUGUGAGGAGGCUGCAGUUCUCCGCGGCGGACUGUGGAGACUGCGCGGAGAACGUGUCCUGUUGACGCCGCUGUGGACGCACUCUGCCGCGGAUACAGGGGUCGAGUUUGCCCGCUCCCCCCCCCCUCCUCCAGGACUUUUCACGCGGACGAUUUAGGGUUUAAUUACAUUUUUAAAAAAGACUGGUAGCUAUGUUUUCUAAUUCUUUCGGAUUUCAUCAUGUGGUGUUUUAAAUGGCGAGCUGUGGUUUAGCUUGGCCAACUCAUUCUGCGCCGGUUUUGUGUUUUUGUACUGUCUAUUUCCACAUAAAGUUCACAAAGGUGUUACAGAAAGCCUAGUGGCGAAUAAUCUGCUUAAUUUUGAGAUUCGGAAUCAGAUAAACUAUGCAAAAUCUUGGUACAUUUCGCAGCAGUGACGCCUUGUUUCGAUCUGGCCACAGGGUUUGGGAAAAUCUGUUUCUUGGCACGUUUUCCACGUCAACAGCUCCAGAAGAGAGACGCGUUUGAGCCAAGACUCUGGACAAACGUGGUCCUAAACUCUGCACUGAAACUGCACAGCUUAGUAUUUUUGCAAACUUGAGUGAAAGUUACACUCCUAACACAGACUUUUAGCUGUAAAACGCACAAUUUGAAGAUGCUAAUUGGUGCUGAAAUGAAUUGAAAACUCUCAAAGCUAAAAAAUAACAUGGAUUUUCUGGGUGUAUUCUUCAGUUGGUCGAGGGUUAAACUGCUAUCGGAAUCAGUCACAACACCGGCUUAUCUUUUUAGUUUGAGUGCCAUGUUCAAGGGUACAGGUCCAAACACACCUUUUUAUCACGUUUGUUUUUGAGCCAAAGCUUUCUAUUUUUAAUUUUUUUUUUUUUAUCACUACGAAUGAAAAUCAGUUGUACUUUUUCUUUUUGCUUUAUGUAAACAAGCAAAGAUGGAGGUUCAAACGUGUCUUUCUGACGCAACGUGACAACACCAAACCUCCUUUAAUGUCCCCUUCAUGUGAACCUGUCACUACAGCUAGUACUUUAGUUAGGUUUUUAAAUUUAAUCCAACAAAAUUUACAAAAAUAUAUAUGUCUAGCGUUGUUGUUGUUUUAGCAUAGUUAGCCGGGCUAGCUGCUAACAUGCUAACACAGCCACGCCGUUUGUUUGGGUUCGAAUGUCACCACUUCCGGGAUGUAGGGUGGCUUCAAAAAAGCUCUUUAGUUAAAAAAAAUAAGCAACAAAACCUGUAGUUUCAAAGUUUAUCGCUCAUUUUGAUUCACACACUGAUAAUGUUACUGUAAUUUGGAUUUUAAUUCGGCAAAAGCUCCAUUGUUUUAGUGUAAAAGGGGAAAUGGUGAAUUCUAGGUGUGGCAAAGGCAGUUUACAUUGCAGAAAUAGCUUGGAAGCUUUCCCAAGACAUUACUCAAUCUUUAAAAAACUAAACAGCUGUUAUUAUUUCAAGUGUGCAAACUAAACAGCUUAAUCUUCUGUUUUGAGACAGGAUAAUUAAGAUUGUUUGAAAUCUUUAGUUUUAAAUGAGUAAGUGAAAGUUAGUCCCUGGUUUGUUGGUACACUUGUGUUGUCAUUACAAAGGUUGCAGGUUCUUUGUGGGGGUUGGGCCUUGUUUACAUGUUAAACUGUGAUCUUCUGUAGUAUUUCCUGUACUUUUACUUUUAAUUCAGUCCCCUCUUUCUCAUUCAAAACUAGACUGUUCUCUAUGGCAGCUCAAAGUGGGGACUUAAACACAUAUUUUUCAUUUUGGCUGUAUCUCUUGGACUGGCACUCCCAAACUUUGUGGUGCUUUUGAGAAUUCCUCUGUGGAUUUAGUUUUGUUUUUUGUAUUUUGGUUUGUGUAAAAACCACUUCGUAACGGAGUAUUAUAACGUUCCUGAUUAUUCAGGGUUUGUUGUCUUAAUAAACACCAUUUUGUUUUUACUA